GAAGGCAUCAUUGAGCCAAGCAGACUCGUUAAAACGACCGUUUUAACCCAAACUUUUUCGACCCGGUAUUUUAUGUGUUUCGCACAAUUAGGAGCUCAGAUAACAACCCGGAUAGGAAAUAUAGUAGCUUUAUAACCGACAAUUAGUAUGGCACACUAUAGAGCCUCAGACUCUAAGAGAGAACAGUUUCGAAGAUACUUGGAAAAAGCUGGAGUUGUUGACAGCCUCACCAGCGUUUUUGUGUCUCUGUACGAACAACCAGAGAAGCCCACCAAUGCGCUGGAAUAUGUCAAGCAGCACCUUGGUGCUGUUGGCCAAAUUUCAUCCAAUACUGAGGCGCUGCAGCAGGAGGUCAUCGACCUGAAGCAGAGGUGUGCACGUCUGACAGCAGAAAAUAAAGACCUCAAAGCAAAGCUGCAGCAAUAUGAGCCUGCAUCAGAAGAUGGAAGCACGGCUAACUAGAGCCCAACAGCACUUUGCAUU